CGAUACGCUGUCUUUAUUAAUUCCCACAACUGUAAACAUUAAAACGGUGCUAACAGUUUAGUUUCUGUUGGACUACAUUUCCCAUGAUUCCACACCGGAACUGACAAUUCUGCCAGGAAACAUGAGGAGAGUGACCCGGCGACCCUGUGAGGAUGGCCCGCUGCUGGAAGAGCAGGAGACCGAGGGCCAGCGGCAGCUGCAUGGCCUCUUGCUGCAGCAGCUCCACACUGACGUCGACAUUGAACGAUGUGUAGCCAAGAGGCAGUGCUUCGCCCCAGCGGCGCUUUAUCGGCCGUUUGGGGAGCAGGCAGCAGGAGUGAAGAGCCUUUCCCAGUUCCAGGCCCUGCAGGAUGGGGAGAAGGAACUGGCCAGCCUGCGGGAGCUGGGCCUGAAUGACACCGAGAUCCAGCUGUGGCAGAGCAGAGAUGCACCAGAGACAGCAGAGAAGUCCCACGGUGUGUGUGCAGCUCCAGGUGCAAAGGAAGAGCGCCUGCAGGCAAUUAAAGACAAAAUCGCCGCCCGGAUGGAGCUUCUGUCCCGCCCACAACGCUUUGCGUCCAGCCGGCCGCUGUCACGCCGGGAGAUGGAGAUUGAACAAGCCCUGUUUCAUGGGAAUGACCGCCUGGGUUUCCUCACAGCGCUCUAUCAUCGAGAUGAAGAUAAGAAGGAGAACCAACAGGGGGCGUCAUCCUCUGACCCACUGGACUCUAUCUAUAGAGAAGUUCUCAGGGAGCAGGAGGUGAAACAAGCUUCACAACACAAAUCUGAGGGAGAACCGACAGGAGCGCCACACACAGCUGAAUCUGACCAAUCACAAAACCAACAGACAGACAGAAAUCAAUCGAGAGACGCUUCUGACAGUCCGUCAGACCUGCAGGCUGGAAACAGUCGCUCAUCCGUCCAGACAGACUCAGUUUCAGACACCUCAAAUCAGCAGCAUGUUGAAAACAAACCAGAGCAUCUGCGACUGGCUCCUCCGAGACAGAUUAAUAUAAGCCAGCCAAUCAGCAGCUUGUGCGGAACAGCAAAGGUGGGGCCAAGCAGACCACUGACUGUGACGGGGGAGAUUGUGACAAUUACAGAUGAAGAAAUCCUAAAGAACCGGGAAUCAGAAGAAGGGAUCCGGAGCAUUCCAAGGUUCCGAAACUACCAGCCGGGGAAACCCUCCAAGUUUCCUGCGAGCACAUCCAAGCUGCAGCUGGAAACAGAGGGCCACAUCCUGGUCCUGUGUGUGAAGAACCUGAGCCCACAGGCGUCAGUGGCCCAGCUGGUGGCGCUGUUCUCCAGAUUUGAGAGGAUGGACAGGCCCCCGGUGCUUUACCGGGUGCUGACUGGGAGGAUGAAGGGUCAGGCUUUCAUCACUCUGCCAGAUGCUGAAACGGCCCAGAAUGCCUUGCAGUUAGUCCACAGAUACCGGUUGCUUGGGAAACCUUUGGUGGUCGAAUUUGGCCGUGAACGACAGGAAGAGGAGAAACAGAAGGAGAAGGAAGGGCAGGAGGAGAAGAAAUAAAUAAACAGAAGAAAAAUGUUUUUUAUGUAAAUUAGACUGUUGUGAAUGGCUGAAACUAAUGUCACAGUGUACUUAUUUUUUGUGGAUAUAAAGUUGGAUUCGUUGGCUUAUUAUUAUUAUCA